AUGUCUACACAGGACGAAGCGACCAUCUCGCCCUCCCUACCCCAAAUGUCUGCCACCCCACAGAACCAGGAGUCCCUACUCACCGCCCAACACGUCGGGAACGCCUCAGCCCUAAACCCCCACACCAACCCGUGGAGACCGGCGACCGCAUCGCCCCAAGGCCUCGGAGAGGACGCGACGCCCGAACAACCCAAUCCUAACCCGUCCGCGAGCGUCAUGGAUAGCGUGACCCCCCAACCCGCUCCUACGACUGUCGACCCGUCGAACCAGACGUCAACUCAGAAGACGAUCGCUGCCGGCGACAAGGCGCCCCAAGCUGGGGAAAGUAAGGGAAGCGAGAACCCAGACAAAGUCGCGAAGUCAGUCACUGAUAAAACCAAGUCCACGCGAACGAAGCGGAAGAACAAGCAGGACAAGCAGAAGGAGAAAGAGAUCGCGAUAGGACUAGGCUCUCCGCCGCCGCGACCCACCGAGCCUACGAAGGACGCGAAGGACGCGGCUGAGAAAGAGCCGGAAACGGAGACCGACCCCGGGAAGAAAAGGAGGAGGGUCACGGUGGAUAUGGGUGACGAGGAGGUGGCUGGCACGACGGACAAAAGACAGGACGUCGUGUACGACGCGUCCAGCCAGAUAAGUCGAAUCGCCAACAUGACCGUAGGCCUAACGGACUUCAGCCCCCCGCCCGUCGACGGAUACUACAGCGACGGAGGUUUGAGCUACGCCGACCCCGAGCCCGUCCCCGCUUUCGCCUUCGCCGCAAACAACGAGGUAGCGAUGGAGGUCGACCAACAGGCCCUAGCCCCUCCCCUCUUCUUCACUCAGACCAACCUCCCCAUCGCCGAUCCGCAGACGCCACCCCCGACCAUCGGAGUCUCUGCCCAGCUAAACUUCCUUAACUACCCACCGCCGGCUUUCUCCAACAACGUCCUCCGAGCGUCACCAAAAACGCCGACCCCGACGAACCUACGCGACCUCCGUUUCACCCGCCACCCGACGACGUCAGCUGGCGGGCCGCAGGCCCAGGCGUCCAACGCAGCAGCUAGGAACACCACACUUGGCGGCCAGCAGUCGAGGACGCACCCCGAGUCUACGGUACCUAUGCAACAACCACCCCGCCACGCGUCCCCCACGCCCGGACCGAGCGGCCAACACCAACCCCAGCCGAUGCCGGCCCCUCGCGCCACGACCUACAUCACUAUCCGAGGGCCCACAGCAGCCACACGGAAGCCCGCGAACAACUGGCCGGCGGUCCACGGGAGGAACGCAUUCUUCUGGACCGAGAACAUGGCCAAGAAGCAACACGAAGCUUGGGCUGAGAUCGCGAGGAAAAGCCCAUCGGCACUCAUCCAGAUGCCGGGCUGCGGAGCGGACGAACCAGAGACGACAGGAAAGGUCGAGAAGAUAACACAGAUGAUCAAGGACUACCUGUCGAUCCACCGCUUCGUCAUCACGCCUCCCGUCGCUGUCCUCAAGUCCGGGAAGCGUAACAGAGCCCCUCACUGGCUACUCCUUCACGACAUCUCCUUGCAGGACUGUAACAAGUUGCUCUCCCAGGAAUGGCUCGACACCGUCGAAGGUACGAUAAACUGUCGACCGCUUACCGCAGACAACCCGCAGUACGCAGGCGCGUGGAGAUACGCCAGCAGGUUCGGAGCAAAGAACGAGAACUACACGGGAGUUUUCAUACGCGCGUUCCAAGGGCCAGUGCUACAAGCCCUCGUCGUCUCCUACCUCGCGGACGACAUCGCGGAGGGCGGACAUUGGAGUGCGCACACGCUCGAGGAAGCCUACUACACCUGGCUUAGUACUAUCCACGCUGACUCGCUCCCGCUCGCCCAAGGCGAAAACAAACCCGACCCCGUGGUACGUCUUUACGUCGAAUCACCCACCUAUGAUACGGACAAGUGGAAGAAGUUCUGCAAGGAACUACGCACCUACAACUUCGGCAGCGACCACGCCGGCGCUCCUGUCCCGUACCUGGACGAAAUGCUAUGCACCUACUGCCAUUCCGUCGACCACCCAACUGGGCUAUGCGAACUGCCCAAAAUCCCUGGCUGGCACGACCCGAACGCCCCGCGUAACGACCCGGAGUCUAGCUCGAGUCGAGACGACUAUCACCACGGACGCGGCGGCCGCGGAGGAGGUCGCGGCGGUGGCCGCGGCCGAGGGAACGGAUACGGACGAGGGCGCGGACGUGGCGGCAACGGCGGCAGGAGGGGAAGGUACGACGAUGGGUACUAA